UUUGUUUUCUGAUGUACUUCAGGGAAAAUUUGUUUUUACUCGGAGUGAGAGAGUAAGAUGAUUGCGAAGAGUGUUCGAGCUGGUCUGAUUAAGCACAAUCUAUGAUCUUUCGUUUGGGAUUUGUUUUAAACGAAUCUCAUCUUUCAACAAGUAAGUGCGUCACUUCAUAUGACAAGAGGUAUAUCUUCAACAUCCAUCUCCUAUUCGUUCUAGUGGUAAAAAUCGGGUCGGGCGCAUAAAUAGACGAUAAAGAUAAAUUUAUCGUGAGAAGGAGGAUGAGGCGUCCAAUGCGACCCUCCCCGGCGGGAGCACUUUUGCUCGCCGUCGGUGCCUCCGCUACGUCGGACGGAAAAUUGGGGAAAGUGGUGCAGCUGCUGACCGAAAUGCACAAGAGUGGAACAAAGGUUAUGCGUGAAAUGAAGCAAAUCCAUCAUCAAGAACGUGCUGGUUCAUGGUCUUAACAUUUCUAUUUUCAAAUGGCGGAAGAAUACGCUGGUCAUGUUGGCACCAGCACAAAACGAGGAAUAUGGAUUUGUUUCGACAUCUUUAAGUUGUAGAUGAAGGAGGAGCAAGUGAGGUGGAGUGGGCGUGAACAGUGGUGCAAGAAUAGGCUAGACGCGCUUACUGUUGAGGUCGGUGAAUUGCGAGACAGCAAGGCCGAGUACGAGGCUAGCAUUGCGCAAGCAUCGGCAGACAUCGAGGAAAUAUGUAAUUGAUUUUGUUCAGGAUUUUUGAACUAUGCAUUUACAAGAACCGGAUUCUAUGGUAAAUGGAUAUACAUGCGCAAUGGGACCUCCUGUCAACGACGCAACUGGGCGCAUAGUAACUGGAAUUGUAGAGCGAGAAGCACAACAAAAAUAAAGGGCGCAGCACGGUAACAAGAAGAAGGACAAGUCUACAAUGGAAGAUCAGGAUGGCGCGACAACCACAUCAAACACGAGAAGACAGUACCCUGCCGUGCAGCUUCAUCUGAGAAAUAGACACCAGCGGUCCUGAGAUAUACAAACAGGGAUGUGGCUGUGAUGCGGUGCUUGAGAACUUCGACCUGCUCUUUCGAAUUUCUUUUCAUGAAAAGAAAGUCUGAGACUCGCUGCCCCGCUUGCGAAGGUAGGAUAAUAGAAGAGAACCGAUAUCAUACAUACUGAGCUGCCCAACUCCAGCUAGCCACCACAGCCACGGAAACAGAAAACUUGAAAGCUGUAGCACAGAACGGACAAUGCAAGUCUCCAGAGAAGCAGUCAGGCUUCUCACGGUGGAGAUCAAAUAGAUGUUCGGCUGCGCACUUGUGAUUCGUUCACGCAGCAUUCGCGGAACAUUCUUUUCUCAAUGAAUGUGUCAAUAGUUGACGUGAAUUCUAUUUUUCCUAGCCACAUGCUGGCAUCGAUCGAGUUAGUUGUUUCCGUUUGGUAGUCCCAUUGAAUUUUACUGACUUUCCUAUCAACAGCUGCGAAUCUCGAAGAGCUAUCUGCGACUAUCCAAGAUCGAGAGGCAAAAAAAAAGGCAGCCACCGCCACAAGAGAAGAAGAGCACAAGGCUUAUCUCCUUGAACAGAAGGACUACGAAGAGUCCGUAUUGGCAUUAGAAAAGGCGACUCAGAUUAUCGAGCGACAUCAGUCGAAGUUUGGAUCCGUGAAGCAAGAAUCCUUCAUGCAAGUAUCGCAGCAGCUUCCGGAAAAUCUUCGCGGCUUAGUUAUGGGGCUAGUGGAAGUUGAUGGUAUUGUGCAUGCUAGUGGAAAUUGUCUUGCUCACAUAUCCGCAUAGCCGAUAGCAGAUCCACGCAAAUAAACAGACUCGCUUUUACCGUUUGGUAAUGCCAGUCCGAAUCAUUUUUCAGUGAACUUCUACGCGUUCUUUAGAUUAUUUAGAUUUUAUCUCCGUCACCGCGAUAAUCAAUCAAAUGUAUGAAUCACAGCACCGGCAACCGGAGAGGCAAAGGCAUAUGAGGCAAAGACUGGAGGAGUACUCGGCAUUUUGGAAAAGUCACUUGACGAAUUCCGGGAGAAAGUUCACGGAACCGAAAUGGCAGAGAUGAACAGAAGACACAACUACGAAAAUAUGAUUCAGCUUCUCACUGAAGAUAUUGCUUCCGCCACGACCGCAACUGAAGAUCAGACGGUACUCAUAAUUUUUCUUCGUGUAGCUUAUCUGCCUAAUCGUGCUAGGGUCGUGUGAAUCAUUUGCAGGGUACUCGAUAGAGAAUGUCUAAAAAAUCUAAUUUUCUCAACAUCGACCAAAAUCAUACCUACGGAUUGAAGGUCAACCUGCAAAACCGAAAGGAGGAUGAGGCAAAAGCGGAAGGCCUGCUCGCAACAACUAAGGACGAUCUCAAGGACACGAGUAUCGAGAAGCAAGACACAGCCCUGACCUGCGCUACCGAGUCUAAGGAGUACAACGCGAAGCAGCGCGUCCGCGGAGACGAACUCACUGCCCUUGAUAAAGCGAUCGAAAUUCUGGGUGGAAUUGGUUCUUUCGCUCAGCAGGCAGCAUCGUUUUUGCAAUUAUCAAUCGCGGUUAUGAUAGGACAUGUACCUUUUUUCUAAGCGUCGUUGCGAAUCACCACUCAUUUGUAGGUAGUUACAGGGAUUAAGAAACGGAUUGAGAAAAUCUGAACUAGUACUUUAGGAUCGAUAUUUUCCAGACUAGCCGCCAUCAAUAUCUUGCAUAGCACCGUGGAGCCACACUCUUCUCUUUCUGCUUUCAUACCCUGGAAGAACGUGGAGCAAAACGUGCGGGACAUGGGCGAAAGCGCGAAAAUUAGCAUGUUCUUGCGCCACCAGUCCGACAAGCUUCGCAGCCGCAGUCUAGCGCAGGUCGCAGAGCGAUUAGCGGAGGAUCCGUUUGUGAAGGUGCGCUCUAUGGUCAAGGAAAUGAUCGACAAGCUACAGAAGGAAGGCCGCGCGGACGCCAAGCUAGAAGCUUUCUGCAAACUCAACUUCGGAAAAGCCAAGCGAAAGAUGAAGAAGUACAAUGCGGCAGCCGACAAAUACACUGCCGAAAAGGACAAGCAAGCAGCACUCAACGAGAAACUCACCGAGAGCGCCAAAGAGCUGGCUGCAGAGGUACUACUAUAUUAAUACUUAUACAGUUAAGCAAGUUCUACAAUCUCCUUAAGAGUGGCUUCGUGAGGGCAGCUUCUUAAGGAAGCCACUUAACAUAGCUCCUUAAAGGUAUCUAUAUUAUGCUGUUGAUGGUUGUGAUGUUGAAAACAUACAGUCUUUGGACUUGCCUUUCAUCCAAGACUUCGUAGUUUCUUUCCCUAACAACCCUUAUUGCCAUCGCCACAAACAGAUUGCUGCCCUGCGUGCCGCUAUGGCGGAUUCAACAAAGGCGCGAAACGAAGAAAAGAAGGCGAACACAGCCGCGAUUGCCGAAGCGAAGGACGGCUCUGAAGCGGUAAUGUGAAUCUUGAGGAUUUUUUGCAGAGAUUUAGUAUGUUAUUGUCAAUGUUUCUAGAUAGCUUUCUUCUGUUGAUGCAUCUCCUAUCUUCGAAUCUAGUGGAUGGUUAUGCUUUUACCAUAAACCCAUACGCCAUACAGGUUUCGCAAGCCUUGGAGGUUCUCCGUGCGUUCUAUGAGAAGGCUGGUGCAGAAGUUGGUUCCUUUCUGCAGAUUGGAAAGAAGGUGCAAAUUCCGAAGCCGGGAUCCGCCGCUUGGGACGCUAUGGGCCCGCCAGACUUCGUGGACCCCAGUGCUACGCCGGAAGCCUACGAAACCCUCCCGGCCGGCAAGGGCUACGCUGGGCAACAGGACAAGGCCACAGGUGUUUUGGGCAUUCUGGAGGUGAUCGAGCAGGACUUUGCCCGCGACGCGGCCGAAACCGAGACUGCGGAGGCCGAGGCCAGCGCAGAGUACGCGAAGUUCAUGCAGGACAGCAAGGUGGCUCUGGCUGAGAAGGAUACCAAUUUGCAACUGCAACGCCAAGAUGCAGCAGCUGCGAAGGCGGCCAGUGCAGCGGCCGCUGAAAAUCUCGAAAAUACGGAAAAGCAGCUGAAAGCAGCCGAGGACGAGUACAAUGCCUUAAAGCCUCAGUGCCCGGCUUCGUCCGGUGGUACCAAGGGGGAGGUCACCUUCGAGGAACGCACUGCUCAGCGACAGGAGGAGAUUGAUUCGCUGAAACAAGCCCUAGAAAUGCUCACAAGCUAAGAAUUUUUUUUUCACUUUGAGUAAAUGGCCCGCGUCAUAUUGUAGAGAGGAUUUGGAUUUUAGUCGUACUAUUACUCUGUGGUGGUGAAUCCGACCUAAAUUAUCUAAAUGAAUCCUUCAAAUGUAUUUUGCUUGUGCGAUUCCAUGAAAAGUUUUGUUGAAACAGAGUUUACUAGGUCGGGCUGAGGGGAUCAGCGUAAGUCUGUACAGAGAGUUUCCAUUUUAUCGCAAUAAUGAAUGUGAUGUAUCGAGAUGUUUCCUUUGCUUUGAUUCAUUGGAUCGGUUUUGUUUUCAGCAUACAGCGCAGCUCAUGGGCAUAACGACCUUAUUUUAUUAACGAUACCUGGCAACAUUAUCAUACUCGAUCCAAUUCAUGGAUUUAUUGAAUUUACUGGCAAAUCAACGACACAACAAAUACUGAUAUCAAUUUACGCAAAGCUCUCCGGAGCGCAAUGACUUAUUAUAUUUGAUUUUCAUGAUACGUACUGCUACGUCUGCGAGCAGCUGUGAUCUGAAAUGGAGCGGGGUCAUGUUUUACCCAAAGCAAGGAAAAGUCACAAAAUGUUUUCACGUGACAGCCAUCUCGCGACAGCAGCGUUGCACGAAACGCGAGAUCAAAGUUUGUGUCUACGGUUCACCAAAACGUUCGUUCAUGUUCGAGGGAAGAGAUCGUGAAAGCAACAUACAGG